AACAAUGUCGUAUGUAACUAAAGAGACGGUCCCUUAAUUUCCGCAUAUCUGCGAAUAUCGAACGUCGAACCAACUUUAUUCCAGUCAGUCUGUAAGAAACGGAGACAGCAGCCAAGCGUAGAAAAGUGCAGCAGAACAUACGAGCUUCUUUCAGACACGUGUUGCAGAGUUGAUUAACUAAGCACACAGCAUCAGUUUCAGCAACUGCAUUUGCGUACUUCAGGAGUGCUGCUCUUACACAGGGGCGUGUGUGUUUUGCUGCGUGAUGGCGGAAUCACACUUACCAGAAAUAUUUCCUAAAGUGACACUUCUCGUCGAUCCAGAAACAGUUGACCCAAGUACAGUUCUUAAAAAGCCUGGCAUAAAAACACAGCAAAGAGGUCAACUUUUAGAGGUCGAUGGAACCUUUGAAGAUAUUGACAGUGUGUUUUUGGAAGUGUCACGCAAGAAGAGACAAAUAGGCCAAAAAGAGAGGAUCCGUGUAGAUGAGCACACAGCCAGCAUGAAAUCAGCUUCCAGUGCACUAGUUGAACCAGUUGAGGUCGACAGUGUAAUUAUGAAUUACAUUGAAAGAAAAUGCUCUGCAGAACUCAAUAAAAUAAUACGACCUGAAGUAAGCAUGCAAGUUAAUAUGAAACAGGUGACCUUUCACCCACGGGACACAAGACACGGAACAAUCCUCGCUCAGCAUGCAAGAGAACGCUUUGUAACUUUCUAUCAGAAGAUUGCUACGGAACUGCAGAGUAGAUCGUAUAAUUUAGACGCAACCCAACUUCAGCCGUUGCUUGCAAAUUUUCCAGAGCUUCUACUUGGGAAUGGAAAAGGGAAAACAGAUGAAAUAACACUGACCGGGAGAUUCGUUAGCCUUGAAAAGUUUGAGGAGUUCAUUAAAAGCCCUGCUAAAAGGUCUUCUCCUAGAAAAAUCAACCACACAGUGGACAUGAGCGCCACAGCCUCCAGAGAGAAAUUACAGAAUAAAAGCCUAGACAAAGAGGAAACUUGUUCCAUUUGCUUGGAACAAAUGGUGAAAUCAAAAAUGAAGACUCUGGAGAAAUGUAAGCAUUCCUUCUGUAAUGACUGUUUGAAGAGGGCUUUUGAAAUUAAACCUGUCUGUCCUACAUGUGGAGUUAUAUACGGUGCACUAAAGGGAACGCAACCUAAAGGAGGCAGUAUGAAAAUCACAUAUGAUGAGAUGCGUCUACCCGGUUAUGAAAAGUAUGGAACAAUUAUCAUUCGAUACAUCAUUCCAGAUGGGGUACAAGGGGAUGAACACCCAAAUCCAGGCAAGUCCUACCAAGGUGCUGUACGCACGGCCUACUUGCCAGACUGCACAGAGGGAAAGAAAGUUCUUAAUCUCCUUAAACAAGCAUUUGACCAAAGGUUAACCUUCACAGUUGGAUGCUCGUCAACCACUGGCAGGAACAACGUCGUUACCUGGAAUGACAUUCAUCACAAGACAUCCUGCUUUGGUGGGCCUACUGCUUAUGGUUACCCAGAUCCCUACUAUCUGAAACGGGUCCAAGAGGAGCUGAAAGUGAAAGGAAUUUACUGAUAUUUAAUAGGGACUGAGCUUUGGAACAUAUGUAAAUACUAAUUCAAGACAAGUAUUCCAAGAAUUUUCUAUUAAAGGCACUUGUAAAAUAUUUGUGAAUAUUUAAAUAUUAAAUAUUUUACAAGUUUUAUGUAUGUGUGUGUGUGUGUGUGUGUGUAUAUAUAUAUAUAUAU